UCGUACGCAAGCCUGGCAGGAUCACAUUCAGGCCCUCUCCAGUCACUCAUUCACGGAGCAUGCAGGCAUUGGCGAUUUGUUCUCGCGCAAGGGUAUUUCUACAAGCAUUAUGUGUUGUUGAGGUACUACUACUACUACUCCCUCCCUUGGCUUCACUCUGCAGUGGGUGUGUACAGUGCACACAAAUACACACACACACCCUACAAAGUUCAUCCUAAAAGACUUUAACACUCUCAAAUGCAUUCCUCUCCAAGCUCUCAUCACUCGAGGUAGUUCUUUCUGGUGUUGGUGUUGGUGAGUGGUGAUAGGCCUACUCUCAUCCCUACAGUAGUACUACGCUCACCUUCAUGUGUGUUUGUUGUCGAGAAACGACAAGGUGUGGGCUCAUUUCGGCACUUGGAGAACUUUUCGUAAAUUGAAUAACUGAACGUGAGCAUCAUGAUCUGCGACGAAUGCCAGACCGAAAUCUCGGGUACUUACUUCAAACAAGGCGAACGCAACAUCUGCGAAAAGGAUUAUGAAGCUAAGUAUCGCAAGAAGUGUAGCAAAUGCGAGAAGAGCAUCACCGGAUCCUAUUACAAUGCCAAAGACAAUAAAUUUGUCUGCGCCGACUGCUACAAGAGUGACCUUGGAGGCUCCAUGGAUUGUCGUAAAUGUGGCAAAGAAGUCAGUGGUGGCGAGCUCGUCCGAGCUUUAGACGGCCUCUUCCAUCCGGAUUGCUUCCGUUGCUUCAAAUGUAAUCUCAGCUUGUCCGACAAAAGCGUCUCUUUCAUUCCGGAUGAGAAAAAGAACAUCUAUUGCAAGGACUGCUAUCACAAGACAUUCUCGCCCAGAUGCUGUGGGUGUCAAGAGAUGAUCAUUCCCAAAGCUGGAGAGAAAAGCGUCUCCAAACUCUCAGCACUGGGAAAAGAUUGGCAUCCUGAGUGUUUCAAAUGCGAGGAAUGCUCAGUCUUGUUCUCCGGGCCCGAUGGUCAGAAAUGCUACCCAUUGGAGGAAGUGCCCUUGUGUAUGGAUUGUCAUAAAGCAAAAUUCACAUAAAAUUACGUCCCCUUCAUGCCAUCAUUCCUUAAGCACUAUACUUGUAAAUUUUGGCAAAAUUGGCCCAAUUGUAAAAGAUUUAGGUACCACUUGAUGCAUGACACAUAAUGCGAUUCCCUUAGAGCAAUACUUAUUUUAGGAUAAGAUCCUAAAAGCCGCCUAGAUCUGCUAUAAAACGUUUUAUUCGACCCAUCCAACUAUGAGCCGACAAAAUAUCUCCAUAAUUACUUCUGACGUGGAUUGUGUUUGCUCUAUUGUCAUAAUUGAUCCUAAUUUAUCUACACCUAUGGUUUUGUUUCAGUCUCGUCUCUCAAUAAACCACCUAAGACUAA